GCUUCCCUUCUAAACAAAUCCUUUCAACUCGGUCGCAUGUUAUUUAUAAUCUUGUUUGUUUCGCCCCUAAUCGAUAUAUAGAGGAACAGACUCUCAAACUUGCGUGUUCUAGAUUGGAUUUUCCCAAUGGCAAGAACUAGUUUUUUUGCUAUUGCAGUGAUAUGUUUCUGGAUUAUUUGCCUAUUCCCUGUAAGCAAUGCUUCCCAUGUUAUCUACAACGUGGAGUUGAACACUUGGGGAGAGUACAACACGGUUUCCCCAACUGUGCAACAACGCUAUCGCACUGCCUACCAUUUCCAGCCUCCCAAAAACUGGAUGAAUGGUUUGGCCCAUGUUUUAUAAAGGAGUAUAUCAUUUGUUUUACCAAUACAAUCCCAAGGGAGCUGUGUGGGGCAAUAUUGUAUGGGAGCAUGCUGUGUCAAAGGAUCUUAUUAAUUGGGAAUCUCUUGAAACUGCAAUUGUUCCAAGCGAAUGGUAUGAUAUAAAGGGUUGCUGGUCUGGUUCUGCUACCAUUUUGACUGGAGAGAAGCCUGUGAUCCUUUAUACAGGAUGGGACAACUCCUCUAGGCAAGUUCAGAACAUGGCUGUUCCUAAGAAUGCAUCUGAUCCCUACUUGAGGGAAUGGAUAAAGAUCCCCCAAAACCCAAUUAUGGUUCCACUUCCAGAAAAUGGAAUCAAUGUGAGCUCUUUCAGAGAUCCAACCACAGCAUGGCUUGGAAAAGAUGGGAGAUGGAGACUUAUUGUGGGUAAUAAAGAGGAUCGACAUCACAAGGGAAGAGCCCUCCUUUACACCAGCAAAGAUUUCAUUCGCUGGACCAAAAAGCAGCACCCCCUCCAUUCUUCUAAGAAGACUGGAAUGUGGGAGUGCCCUGACUUUUACCCUGUUUCUCAUAGGGGAGAAUUGGGACUGGAUACUUCGGUUACUGGGCCUGGGCUUAAGCAUGUGUUGAAGGUUUCUCUUGAUGAUACAAGAUUUGAGUAUUAUACGAUCGGAACUUACUUCCCAGACCUGGAUCGAUAUGUUCCAGACAAUACAAGUGUAGACAAUAAAAAUGGAUUGAGAUAUGAUUAUGGAAAAUUCUAUGCAUCCAAGACCUUUUUUGAUAAUUAUAAGACAAGGAGAAUUCUGUGGGGAUGGAUUAAUGAAUCAGACAGUACUCAGGAUGAUGUUGACAAGGGCUGGUCUGGUGUUCAGGCCAUGCCAAGAUCGAUUUGGCUAGACAAUGUCGCUAAAAGCCAGCUGAUUCAGUGGCCAGUUUCAGAGUUGGAGUCCCUUCGUGGAAACAAAAUCUACAAAGAAGAUAUCAUUCUUAUGGGUGGAUCCACCAUUGAAAUUUCAGGCCUCACAGCUGCACAGGCUGAUGUAGAGGUCUCCUUCAAUCUGCCAAGUCUUACUGAUGUAGAGAGAAUGGAUUCAAAUCUAGACGCCCAACAACUGUGCAGUGUGAAUGGAACAGCUUCAAAUAGUAUGGUUGGCCCAUUUGGCCUCUUGGUUUUGGCUUCUAGUGAUUUGGCUGAACAAACUGCUGUUUACUUUAGAAUUGGGCAUCAUCAGAACAAGAUGAAAGUACUAAUGUGCAGUGACCAGAGCAGAUCAUCUUUGCAAUCAGAUGUUGAUAAAACAACAUAUGGAGCCUUUGUACCAUUUUCCCUGAAACAAAAGAGUCUCUCUCUGAGAAUCCUGGUUGACCAUUCAAUUGUGGAGAGUUUUGGGGAAGGAGGGAAGAGUUGUAUAACGGCUAGAGCUUAUCCUACUCAGGCAAUUGGAGAGGAUGCCCGCCUUUACUUAUUCAACAAUGGUUCUACUUCUGUUGUGGCCAGCAAAUUGACAGCAUGGGACAUGGGGUCCGCCCAGCAGCCUUAGUUUCAUUCCUCUAAGGCUUAAAAAAAAGCCAUCCAGAUAAGCCUAUUUGGGCAAAAAGGUAUUGUAAUCUGUGCCUGUGGUCAAUCAUUUUGUCUGAGAUUGUCCUUUUGCAUUGGCUCAAUGUAUAAACGGCAAGAAUAAUCUGUACUGUUUGACCUACAGAACUAUUGAUUUAUCAAGUAUAGAAUAGUACUCGUAGAUUAUGUUAUUUUCUUACAUGGCACAUUGUUAAGUUUCCAAGUGGAGUUACUAUAUUGAAAAAGUGCUGCCUAUUAUUGCGUUUGACC